ACUCACACAGCUCCUGACACACAAACAUACACACAUAUACACAGCGGCUGCCUGUGCGAGAGCUCGCCUGCGCUGUCAGCUCAAGCCCUCUUAAAGCUGUUUUUUUUUUUCCUUCCUUCUCUCUCUUUCUUCUGGAGAUCAGCGAGAGCUAACGACACACAGCUGUCUCUCCUGGAGAAAUAAGGACAAGAGGAGCCAGGAGAAGGGAAGGAGAGGACGAUCACAGGGGGAAAAAAAAACAAAAAAACAACCGGCAGCCUCUUAACUUGUGUCCCUGUUCAGUCAUUCUUCUGCAGGGAGUGUUUUCUGCUGUAGUUCAGGACUUUUCUUUUCUUUUUUUGUGAGAGAGGGGGAUUGGAAAAGAAGAGGGGCUGGAGUUCACAUGACAUAAUCGGAGUGAAUGGGUUGCCAUGGUGACUCACCCAGGGAGCCUGACCCGUACAGAGUGAAUGGAGGGAGCGCCUUGGACGCCAAGUGAGCGAUAAACUAAAGUAGGGGAGUCACCAGAGAGAGAGAGAAGGAGCGAAGGAGUGGUGGGAUACCAGAGGGAGCACAGAGGUGCCGAGCAGAGGCUGAGAAUGGAGGACGGUUUUUCCAGCUACAGCAGUUUAUAUGACACCUCAUCACUGCUACAGUUCUGCAACGAUGACAGUGCGUCAGCGGCCAGCAGUAUGGAGGUGACCGACCGCAUCGCCUCCCUGGAGCAGAGGGUCCAGAUGCAGGAAGAUGAGAUUCAGCUGCUCAAGUCCGCUCUAGCUGACGUGGUUCGCAGACUCAAUGUGUCUGAGGAGCAGCAGGCCAUGGGUGCACGUAGAGGACCCACCAAAGCCAGGCCAAUGAUCGCCACCCUGCCGUUACGGCCCACAGUAAACAACGGGACCGUCCUACCAAAGAAAGGCAGCGGGACUCUGCCAUCCCCAUCUGGAUCUGGAUCCAGGAAGGACACCAGCGCGCCAGCCAACAAGACUUUCUCCUCCCUGUCUCGUUCCUCCAGAAUUCUCUAUCUGCCCCUCAGCACUGUGAGGAGAGCCAAUUCUAAUGAACAAAUGGGGACUCUCAAUCGGAAAGAUUCAGGCGACUCCAAGGGCAACCGAACCCGAGCCGGAUCCACCGGAAGCAACUCCAGCGGCAAAAGGAGUGACAGCAAACAGAAGGACCCAGUGUUCAAUCCAGGAAUGCGACGUGUGACCCACUGCAAAGAGGAGGGUUAUGUGAAAAUGUAUUUGAAAGGUCGCCCCGUCACCAUGUACAUGCCCAAAGACCAAGUGGACAGCUACUGCCUGGAGGCAAGAGCAGAGCUACCCAGCAACAAACUCAAGCUGGACUGGGUCUAUGGUUACCGCGGUCGAGAUUGUCGCUCCAACCUUUACUUGCUCCCCACUGGAGAAACGGUGUAUUUCAUCGCCUCCGUGGUCGUCCUGUUUAACGUGGACGAGCGGUUGCAGAGACACUACACCGGACACACAGACGACAUCAAAUGCCUGGCUGUCCACCCUGAUAAAAUCACCAUAGCAACUGGGCAGGUGGCGGGCACCUCCUCAGACGGAAAACAGCUGGCUCCUCACGUUCGUGUGUGGGACUCCGUCAGCCUCAACACCCUCCAUGUUCUGGGCACCGGCUUCUUUGACAGAGCGCUCGUCUGCCUGGCUUUCUCCAAGUCGAACGGAGGAAACACACUUUGUGUUGUCGACGACUCCAACGACCACGUUCUCUCUGUGUGGGACUGGCAGAGAGAGGACAGACUGGCUGAAGUUAAGUGCUCCAACGAGUCGGUGUUUGCUGCCGACUUUCACCCCACAGACAGCAACAUCGUGGUGACGUGUGGCAAGUCCCAUCUAUAUUUCUGGAACCUGGAGAAAGGCAUGCUGGUCAAGAAGCAAGGACUGUUUGAGAAACAAGAGAAGCCCAAGUUUGUGUUGUGCGUGACCUUCGCGGAAAAUGGAGACGCUAUAACCGGAGACUCGAGUGGGAACAUCCUGGUGUGGGGAAAAGGCACUAAUCGCAUCAGCCACGUCAUCCAAGGAGCUCACGAAGGCAGCAUCUUUGCUCUGUGCAUGCUGAGGAACGGCACUCUGGUGUCUGGGGGGAAAGACCGCAGGCUCAUUUCCUGGGACAGCAGCUACCAGCAGACACAAACGGUGGAGGUGCCUGAGUUGUUUGGUCCCAUCCGGACUAUAGCAGAGGGCAGAGGGGAGACUGUGCUCAUCGGGACCACGAAGAACUUUGUUUUGCAAGGCAGUUUGGAUGGAGAGUUCAUCCCCAUUACACAGGGUCACACUGAUGAGUUGUGGGGUUUAGCCAUCCAUCCCUGGAAACCUCAGUUUCUGACCUGUGGGUAUGACAGGCAGGUCUGUCUGUGGGACUCAAGCUCCCAUCAGCUGAUCUGGUCCAAGAACCUGGAAGAUGCUGCACAGUCAGCAGGUUUCCAUCCUUCUGGAGCUGUGGUUGCAGUAGGAACCCAGACGGGCAGGUGGCUGGUACUGGACACAGACUCUAAGGAUUUAGUCACAGUGCACACAGAUGGGAAUGAGCAGCUGUCGGUUAUGCGCUAUGGGCCAGAUGGUAACUUCCUGGCCAUCGGAUCCCACGACAACUACAUCUAUAUCUACGCUGUGGCAGAAAAUGGGAGGAAGUACAGUCGAGUGGGGAAGUGCUCGGGUCACUCCAGUUUCAUCACUCAUCUGGACUGGUCUGUGGACUCUCAGUACCUGGUAUCAAAUUCAGGCGACUAUGAGAUACUGUACUGGAUCCCAUCAGUGUGUAAACAGGUGGUCAGCGUGGAGACAACCAGAGAUAUUGAGUGGGCCACCCACACCUGCACUCUGGGCUUCCAGGUCUUUGGCCUCUGGCCCGAUGGCUCAGACGGCACCGACAUCAACGCCGUGUGCAGAUCCAACGAUAAGAGCCUCCUGGUUACCGGAGACGACUUUGGGAAGGUCCACCUCUUCUCAUACCCCUGCUCACAGUUCAGGGCUCCCAGCCAUGUUUACGGUGGUCACAGCAGUCACGUGACCAAUGUAACCUUCCUGUAUGAGGACAGCUACCUGGUGUCGACAGGUGGGAAGGACAUGAGCGUGAUGCAGUGGAGGAUAGUCUGAGCGAGCACAGAAAUGGAUACUGUCCAGCUUCUUGCUGCUGCUGCGGCUGAAGCAAAGUGAACCAAACUGCACUAAACUGAACCAAACCAAGCUGAAACGAACUCAGACGCUAACACAGAUGUGGAUCUGAAUGAACUGAAGUGGUUUUGAUUGAAGAGAAACUUUUUGACCUGAGGUUUCCUUUCCCCGAUCAGCACACAGAUCCUAACUGCGACAAACUGUCGGAGGUCUGACAUGCGCCUGCUUGAAAGACAAAAAUCCUCUUAUUUCCCCCUUUUUCUGUCUCCACACUACAUGUAAAAAGAAAUCUCCCCCUCGCGUACUGUAGCCUUGCACCCAGCGACAUGACACAAAACAAAUCAAACGGAUCAAUGCGAAAACCAAAGGCCCUGUCUGACCCGAUGACUGCGUUUUUACAGUUUGGCUUCACUGUCCUUGUGUAGUACACACUCCUGCCACCAGAUAAUGGACUGAAGAGGUUUGUUUUGCUGCCUUUCAGAGCCCCUCCAGACUGAGCUGGAGAUCCAAGAACACUGCAACAAAAACUGUGCACAGAAAGAAAUACAGUGUGAUUUUUUUCUAAUUGUCAAACUUUUAUUUUGUAUUUAACAACUCAGGAAAGCACUAGUGAAGCAAGGCCCUUCCCCGUUUUGUUAACACUGUCAUAUCAGAAAGAGUCUCUGAAAAAAGAUCUCACUAAAAUAUCCAUAAGUCUCAUUAACGGUUAAUAUUAGAUCCAACUUUUGUUCAGCCAUUAUUGAUUUCUUGGUUAUGUGGGACUGAGGAGGGUACUGUAAGUGAGGAGGUUGUUACCCACUAUUUGAAACCAGAAGGAUCUAAUAAGAAAUUUAUUUGAACAUAUUCAAAGUGUUUGUGCUUCCAGCUCUUUACACCGGACCCCUUUCCUAUUAUUUAUUGAUUGUGCGUAAAAUCCUUCACUGCCAGUUUGAUUUCCUUUGACCCUUUUUUCUGCAAUAAAUCUCUGUUUAGAUCGGUAGAUGUACUAAAAAGCUUGAAACUGAUCUGAGGACGCUGUGGGUGAAAUAUACACUAUUUUGGUUUGCUUGGUUUCUCUGACUUUUGCCUGGAGUGCAAGGAGAAUCAAAAUGAAGCGUAUGCUGAGGUUUUUAGUGAUGUGAAGCCCUUUCAAAUCUGUGUCUUUCCACUUUUUAUUGUACCUACAUCAGUUUAUGAAGGGGAAGAAUGAGACCAUUACACUGUAACUGUCUGAUGUGCUUCUCAGCUGUGCGCCAUCAGUCACUGGCAAGAUAUUUAACACAACUGUUGAGGUGUUUUUUGUUUUUUUCUAUAAUGCACUGCUUCUGCCUGAUUUAAAAAAAAAUACAGCAGGUCUAUUAAGCUAAUUAACAUUUAGCACUUACUGGAGCUUUUCAUAAACCAACGUCUGCUCUCAGGCUUUAAAGCUGUCUGCCAUCCGAUCAGUGGUACGAUGUGUAGCAUGUCACACUCCUUAUGGUUAACAGAAAAGCCAAAUGAGCACACGUGCAUGAGUAAAUGGGACUUUUUUUUACGUGAUAAUUGGUUGGGGUUUAGCUGAUUUUAGUGUGAACAUAGCUGCUGCUGUUAUGAGGCACACUGAGGUGGUUUGAAAUCCUGAAGGCUGGCUGAUUGUUUUAUCGGUUUAUGACCUUUUAUCAGGAAACUUUCGGAUCUUUUAACAACAGUGAUUUAAAGCUGCCACUCUACAGAGUGAAUGUAACAUUUAUUUGUCUUACCACUUUAACACUUGGGGCUGCAAAAUACCAUUGAACAUUAAAAUCUCUCUGGAAGUAAAUGAUGAAAUACAAA